CCGCCCUGCCCUCUGCUGCUGCUGCUGCUGCUGCUGCUGCUGCUGUCGCUGUCCGCGCAGGUCUCACCCGGACACCACGUUAGUGCACACUGAGCAGAGCAGCUGCAGGGUCGAGUCUCCACAUGGCUGGGCACCUCGGUCUCUAGAACUUUCUACACUUUUUGCAUAGAUAAGGGAAAUUAGUGGAGAAUGGGCUACGGACAGAUCUUGGACCAGCACAGCUCUGAUGACUGCUUCAUUAACGUCAACGUCGGGGGCUUCAAACAAAGAAUGGGAUGCACAGUUCUGAAACGAUUCCCUCAAACACGCCUGGGACGCCUCCUGUGCUGUCACUCCAAAGAGGCCAUCUUGGAGCUCUGUGACGACUUUAGUCCAAUUGAUAUGGAGUACUACUUUGAUCGCAAUCCGCAUUUUUUUUGUUACAUUCUCAAUUUUUACCUUACGGGUAAAAUUCACUUCAUUGAAGGAUUAUGUGUUAUUUCAUUUUGCCAAGAGAUCGAAUACUGGGGGAUUAAAGAGCGCUGCAUGGAAAUCUGCUGUAGCAACAGAUUUUAUGAACUAAUGCAGCGGGCUGAGUCAAAGUUCUACGAUCAACACAGCAACGACCUCCAGCUCAACAGCUUAAACUCUUCCCUGGAGGAUGUAUCGGUGUCGGCGGAGAGUUUAGAAGAAUUUGAAGGCUCAUGGUGUUCAAAUGCUCGGAAGUACAUCUGGAUACGCCUCGAGAACCCAGGUUACUCUACUUCGGCCAAAGCAAUAGCUUUAGUCUCUUUAAUUUUGAUUAUUGUCUCCAUUGUAGCCAUGUGUGUCAACAGCAUGUCAGACGGCCAUCAGGUCGACGGCAACGACAAAGAGCUGGGAAACCCGUCCGUGACCUUCUUCGAGAACCUCUGUGUCCUGUUCUUCUCAGCAGAGUUUGUCCUUCGCUUGGCUGUUGCACCAUCAAAAAGAAAGUUUUUGUGUGACCCCCUCAAUUUGAUUGACUUCAUGUCAGUUUUGCCUUUUUAUGUUACUGUCGUUUGUGACAUGAUGGACGGAAGUGAGAACAAAGACCUGGAAAAAGUAGGCAAAGUGGUGCAGAUAUUCAAGCUGAUGCGAGUGUUUCGCAUACUCAAACUGGCUCGCCACUCAACCGGCCUUCGCUCUCUGGGCGCCACGCUGCUACACAGCUCCAGCGAAGUGGGCCAACUGGUGCUUUUCUUGUCUGUGGGCAUUUCCUUUUUCUCUACUCUCACAUAUUUUGCCGAAAGAGAAGCCAGAGAGUCUGAGCUGCAGACGAUCCCUAUCUGUUGGUGGUGGGCAACAAUUAGCAUGACCACAGUGGGCUACGGGGACACCUUACCAGUUACACCCAUUGGGAAAAUAAUAGGAAGCCUGUGCAUCAUCGUUGGCCUGCUAAUUGUGGCACUGCCUAUCACCAACAUUUUCAACAAGUUCUCCAAGUUCUAUUACAAGCAAAAACAAAAGGAAUUCAGACAGAAAACAAGGGUUCAAAGAAGCUUGGACUAACUAAGAAGUUCACUCAGAUCUUAGUUUACUUUUGCAUGGAUUUGGGUAAAGUCGUAACCAAAGGUUCCUAGCCUGCAUGUAGCCUUAUGGUGAACUGCUGUGCUUAUUUUAUUGCUGGGACAGAAAGACAAGUAACAGGAGGUAGAAAACUAGGAAUGGCUUGAUCCGAUAGAUCCGCCUACAGCAGGUCAGAUCCGAUACUUAAGCCGGAAUGUUCGACUUAAUUUUGCGUAUAAACAGGAACACUGUCGCCUCAGCAACAGUGCAGCCCACGGCAUGAUUGAGGAGAAAGGAAGGUAUCAGAUUGAUAUUGUUGAAUAUCAGUUGUGUAAUGACGUAUGUUGAUAGAUUGUCUUUCCAGAGAGCUUCAUAUUUACUUACACAGCAGCUUUAAGCCUUUGAAAUAAGUUUUAAAGUGACUUUGAUUAUUUUAACUAAUGUCUCCAGUGACAGCACACUCUCAUAACUUUUUUAAAAAACAAUUACGCUUUAGAAAAAUGGAACCAUCCUUUUCAAAUUUAUGUCGACAAAUGUCAGGCACAAGAGAAGAUUUUUACCAAAUGGACGGCUGGAAAGUGAAUUGAAUUACUAAUCAAUUAUUUAACUUUGCUUUAAAGAUAACACAUCUGCCAAUGUGUCCAGUUUUCUGUCUAUCAAACUGCUCAAAUUACAGGUUCCUAUACAUUUGUUGUGAGUGAAGGAACAGUAUGGUGAUAAUCUGACUGAACUAAUCUUCUACAGUCCAUACAUUCAGUUAAAUGUCCACAACACGUGAUUAGAAAGUGGACAGAGAAAAAAAAAAAACGUAAAUAAAAUGACGCAGCACUCUGUUGUAUUGAUGGCCCCUUUGGCCAAGCCAUUCUGUUCUGCUGCUGAUUUCUUUUGGGCAGCUUUUCAUUUCUAAGUACAGAGGCCUAUCGUUGUCGUUAAGUGCAUUGUCUGUUUAAUGACUCCUCAAUCAAUGUGCCCGUUUGAACAGAGGCUCGAGUCGAUAAAGAUCCUCCAAAGGAGCUGAACUCACAGAUCCUCCUUUAGCCAAAAUCAAUCUGACCAUCAAACGGACAACAACAAACCCAACAAAUAAUUUAGUUAUAAUUGUUGGGAAAGGCUUUCAUUAAUCAGGGCUGUUAAUGAAGGGACUUUAAUGGGACGUUGUACAGUUUGUGCAGUGGAAAGGGUUAAUAUUGAAACGUGUUUAAUUUGUUUUUAGCUGUUAAUUUUUUAUUGAGUAAGUGCAGCAAGACUGAGCACCGAAUCUUGGGGAAAUUCACAGUUUAUAUUUUCUUAAAGCAAUACAGUGCUGUCUACAAGAACAGAUAGAAAUUAUUUUAUGCUAUCUUAACUGCUGUAACACUUAACCUUUGGGAAUGGAUGUGAAACCAAAAGUGUUUUUUUUUAAUCAUUUCACUAGCAAUAGCAAAUAAAUAAAUAAAAUAGAGUAGAUAACAUACAAUUAGAAAUUAAAUUAAAAAAUUAAAGAGCUCCAAAUUGUUUUGACAAUUUAACUUAAUGGUAGUAGCACAGUGUAAACAAGUACUCCAUUAAUAUAUAGGUUUAAGAAGGACUAGCAAAGAAAAAGCUGU